GAGAUUUGUUAUAAAAAAGGUCGUGCGCUCCGCGUAUCUGGAUGUUGUUUUAGCUACUCAGCAUCAGCCUCAACAGCCUCUUCUGCAUUCAAAGCAUCGAGCUUAAUACAUAUAGAAGCCUCUUGAUCAGCAUCGCAACUAAUCCGAUACCCAUCUCUUAAUUACUUAUAUAUACCCCAAAAGCAUUUCCAGCUCCGGACAGCAGCAUCUGCUUAAUACCCAAUACCUAAUACCCAUCAGCAUCACUUAUACCCAAAGCAUCAACCAUUAACACUAUCAAAAUGUUCGGCACUCUGGAGCACGCCACCCUGCGAUACAUCGCCUUUGCCAACCACUUGAUGGUUCUCAUCUCUUCCAUCAUUGUCACUGGUCUUGCCUCUUGGUUCCUUGCCAAGUAUGACUACCGCGGUGUCGACAUUGUCUACCAGGAGGUCAUUGCCGUCAUCACUCUGGGUUUCUGGCUCAUUGGCUCAGUCCUUCCUUUGAUUGGCCGAUACCGCGGUUACCUGGCUCCUCUUAACCUGGUCUUCUCUUACCUCUGGCUCACUUCCUUCAUCUUCUCUUCUCAAGACUGGAGCAGUGGCAAGUGUGGCUUCGGCAAGCCUGGCCAGGGACACUGCUCUCGCAAGCACGCCAUUGACGCCUUCAACUUCCUUGCAUUCUUCUUCCUUCUGGCCAACACCAUCGUUGAGGGCAUCCUCCUCCGCGCCGAGUACGCCAACAAGGCUGCUGCUGCUCCCGUCAACAAGGAGCUUUCUUCUGGCGCCAACGCCGCUUAAGCAGCGACACCAAACUUCUACAUGAUUUGAGAGUAGCAGCGGCGAGCUUCCGCUCCUCUACACCAGUCAACCCGUGAACACCUACAGAUGUCUGUGCGAGCACGAUCAUCUGGGGCAGCCAGAAACGGUUACAGCAAUUUACAAAUAGAGUGAUACCAGGCUAGAAAAAUUGGCGAGAUUUUGAGUAGUGGAGUGUAUGGAGAAUAAUGGAUGGUUCCCCAUAUUAAUGAGGUUGCGAACGGAUGGGGAUAUGGAAUAAUGAUGGAUAGAUUCGGUCGUUAAAUAUGCUUUAGUCUUUCGUUAAUAAUAAAUGAUACCUUAUACCUCAAACAAA